UGAGAAUGAAUAAUCUGCAACUAUUUGUCUAGCUCUUGAAACUCUCUCAUCCACAAAAUUUUGUCUAGCAAUUCUAGUUUAUACGAUCUAUAUGCAGCUCUACUGAUAAAAAAGAGUUAUUAGUUUUUUUUUUGCAAAUGAUUGGUCUGUGAAUCAUUUUUCCCCCUGGAAGAAGGCAAAAAUGCACUGUAAUGGACGAUCUUGCAUGGGUUUAGAAGAUAUGAGCAUAUAUGCCUCACUGGUGGCCAUUCCAAUGUCCUAUGGUGUGAUUUCUGUUCUUCUGGAGAAUGAAAAAUCAAAGGGCAGAAACCUUUUGCCUCUUGCUGUCGCCUCCUUUGCCUUGGGGGCUUCUAUAUUGUGCCCCCUUGCCUUCUUUCUUGAAAAGAAAAAACGGUCCAAGAUGAGCUUCAGUCUGUUAGCUCAGGUGCUUCUGAUAUCUCUCACUGGAGUUUUAGCACACCAAGCACUGCUGUUAAUGGGGUUGAGUGAAACAUCUUCUGCCUUUACCACUACCAUGGAAAACUUGGUACCUGCAAUCAUUUUUGUCAUGGCAUGGGCUUUGGGAUUGGAGAAAGUAGACAUUAGAAGUGUUCACAGCCAAUCCAAAAUUGUGGGCACUGUGAUUUGUGUGAUGGGAGCAAUGGUUAUGAGUUUAAUCACUGGUCCUGCUCUAAUGGAGGACACCAGGCUUUCAAUACCACAUUCCCAGAUCAGCCCAGUUUUUGAAUUUCUACAGGGGAGUUCUGGCAUCAUAAGGAUCAGAGGAUGCUUUUACCUCCUGGGAGCAGUGAUGUGCUUCUCAUGUUCAAUGAUUUUACAGGCCAAAACAUUGAAGAAGUAUCCAGCACCAUUAUCUCUUACAACAAUGACAACCCUUUUUGGCUCUAUGGAAAUUGCUAUCUACAUAAUGAUACUAGACAAUGGCAUUCAUAGAGAAUCAUGGGUUGUAGAUUGGGGUGGACUUGUUAUUAUUAUCUUCGGGGUAAGUGUAAAUAUUGUUCUAAACAGAGCAUUGACUUGCCAUGGCUUGGUGUAUGCGUUGCAAUACUGGUGCAUUGAGAAAAGAGGACCUGUGUUUGUUGCAAUAUUCAACCCAAUCUCUACUGUUUGCUCAACUACAUUGUCAUUCUUCUUCUUGGGGCAUUCCAUGCAUGUGGGAAGUGUAAUUGGUAUAGUGAUGAUUUUUGGAGGUCUAUAUGUCGUUUUAUGGGGCAAAAGUAAAGACAACAUUUGUGACAAACAAGAACAGCCGCACAAUGUUGAAAUUGAUGAAGGAUCACAAGUCAAAGAACCUCUACUGUGUUGAUAAAUGGCUACAUAAGUACCACUUUUUGUUUUCUUGCUUUUGAAAGUUACACAUUUGCUCUCUUUUCAAAGAUAUUUUUCUCUUAAAAACUUGUUAUUAAGUAAAAGAUUGUAUAUAUGUAAUUGAAGGGGAAAUAAUAUGACUCUUAAAUUUUUUUUAACUUGUUACAAAUAAAGUAAUUGUGUAUAUACAACACAAGGAAAAGACUUACAAUGUAUUCAAAGUGCAAUGAACUAGAGAGCUAGCAAACUUUCUUACUCUUUAACGCAUGCUUAUCACCAAAAUCUUGAGACAUUUUGGGAAGUUCACUAACCUCAUAAUUACCAACAACAUCCUCAGUGGUAAGUCAUAAGGUUACAUAACUAGCCACUUCACAAC